AUGGCCGACACGCAAAUACCAGUCAGCGGAGAACUAUUAAAACCGAGAUGUGAUGUACACUGCAGGGACCUGCUCCCCCUUUUCUGUAGGUCCUGUGAUCAGCCUAUAUGCAGUGAUUGUGUAACUCUUGGUCAACACGCUGGACAUCAACUAUGUGAGAUCUCAGAAGUAGUACAACUUCAUCAGAGUGAAUUACAGGAAGUUUUAAAAACUGAAAAGACAACUCCGUUUCUAAGGAAAAUCCUUGCUGAUAGUAAAGAGAAACAGAAGUGUCUUGCUGUUCACACGGAAAAUCUCCUUCGCAGUGUUAUUAACAGAGAGGAGGAAAUUUGUGAAAUGGUGAGACAAUGGAGGGAGAAAAUGGUGGGGAGAGUUAUGACGUUCAGAGACACUUAUGAGAAUUCUUUGAGGAAAGAACAGUCCUUAAUUCAUGCUUUACUGCAUCUCAAAGAAGGCUUCCAGUUCGAUUCCGAGGAGAGGAAAUUGGAGAUCACGUACUUGAAUUGCAAAACAAAACGUUUUCUGAGCGAUAAAGCAUAUUUAUCAGAUGUUGGAUCUACUUGCCACUUUGAAAAGGGAACUCUAAAUGGUGAUUCAACUGAUGUGUUCGGAAACAUUUCAGAGGUUGAAACCUCAUCAGAUGCAAUUUCGCUUAGUCAAAAUGAAGAAAAUGAACAAAAAGAAGAGCUUGUAGAAGAAGAGGAAAAAUUCCAUGACUGUAUAGAAUUACCAAGGACCUAUCAAGCUGGCGAAGCAUCUAUACAAGGCAUCAUACCCAUAGACAGUACCAGCGUUGUUCUGCAAAUCUCCAACACGGUCUGUCGUUGUAACAUCGAGGGAGAAAAAUUUUGUAAGUCUACGAUUUUGGAAUGUGUUCAUCAGAUUGCUCAUAUACCUGCUUCUGGAGAUAUUCUUGCGAUAAUGGAAGACCAAAAGGAAAUAAGACGUAUUUCAACAUUAAAAAGUAAGGUGAUUACAAAGUUCAUUAAUACUGACCAAACAAAAGAUUACUUCUGUUGUCUGACUGCUGGAGGGAAAGAAGCUUACGCUUGUGUAGUUAUACAUUCAAGUUAUAUCAAUUCUAUAGCUAGUCAUGUAAAUUUAUUGAAUGAUGACGGAGUGAUUCUGAAGAAAAUUGAAACGUCCACCUCUUACUGUAUAAGAAUAAUGUACUAUGAUGGAUUCUUUCUUCUUAUUUCAUCCGGUUCUCAUCCUCAGGUUGAAAGGAUUGAUUUAAUAAGACAAUCUCCAAUGAUAAGGUAUUAUAAAAAAUAUCGUGGAUCAGUUGGAAGCUCCCCGGAAUUAAGAUUUCGACCAACAGACUUGACACUAGAUAGUCAAAACAAUGUAUUAGUAGCUGUCUAUAACGACAAUGCUAUACAUCUGUUGGACAAAUCCUUGACUUUCCAGAAACUUCUGAUGACUGAAGAGGAUGGAUUACGUCAGCCUACUGCUAUUGCUAUAGAUACCAUUGGUUACUUGUGGGUGGGAUGUGAAAAUGGACAAACACACAGGAUUAACUAUCAGUAUCUCCUCAGUACAAACUUGAGUAAACAAAGCCAUCUCCUUGAUGUAUAA